CGCUCCGCAGCCAGUUCCUGUCAGUUAAAAGAAGAUGGCGGCUGUGGAGGGGGAGCGCUGCGCUUUGCGCCGCGGCCACUCGUAUACUCACUGUUAAAGCCUUACUCGCAUGUUUAGCUUUCGAAUUUCUCACUGUUGCACUUUACAUUAAUGAGAGGAUUGGAGGCUAACGCUACCAAAGAAACUCAAGAGAAACAAAACAGGGAUAGAGUGCAAGAAAAGGAAGAACAGUUGAUGGAAGAAAGGAAAAAGAGAAAAGACGACAAGAAGAAAAAGGAAGCCGCUCUGAAGAAGGCAAUUGAACAAAAAAGCAAAGUGCCAGCACCAUCCAAGACCUGUCAAAGCCAGCCUCAACCUGCCAACUCUAACAGCGGCACUUCCAUAAAUACCAGCAACAAUAGCAAUGCCAAGCGGGUCCCAGCCAACAAUCAGCAGCAAGCCUUGUCUCGAUAUCCUCCUCGUGAAGUACCUCCACGCUUUCGACACCAGGAGCAAAAGCAACUGCUGAAGAGGGGCCAGCAGCUACCAUCAACAGCUGGAACUGCAACAUCGGUAGUCACCAGCCAGUCUGGAAGCAGCGCUGUUACUGUGCAGACGGUGACCAACGGGCAGCUGCAAUAUAGCAGCAAAACAUUGACAGGCAUGCCUCCCAUUCGGGAUAUGGUCAGCCACUCCCCUAACCAGUCAGAUUUAAACCACAGUGGUUUGGGAUCGCAUUAUGAAAAUUCUCACUGGGGACCUGUCUCUACCAACAGUGAUUCUACUACAAAUUGGGAUAAAGUUAUUGUAGACGGGUCUGACAAAGAAGCCUGGCCUUCAAUCACUGGCAGUGACCCAGAGUUAGCUUCAGAAUGCAUGGACAUUGACUCUGCUUCAAGCUCUGGGUCAGAGAAGAAUCUCAGUACCAUGGCUUCGGGGAGCACAGUUAGUGAUGGCAAUGGCAACAGAACCGGCAGUGGAAGUGGUUCUUCAAGUCAGUUUGUGGUUGGAAAUGUCAGCAAUAAUGUAGGAAAUGGUAGUAUUAAUGGGCCUUGGGGAGGAUCUCGAGGCUCCAUAUCAAGCACAUGUCAGGGUUCUGCAGAAAAUGUGGAUAGCAAACCAGAAAGCAGCCAUGGUAAACUGAAUGCUUGGGGCAGUAUUGGUUCCACGUCCAGUGGUUCAUUGAAUCAGAAUGGUUUGAAUCCAAAUACCAACCUAGGUGCCUGGCCUUUGUUGGAAAAUGAUGGAAAUACUGUGCAAGGACCUGUGCCAGGUAGCAGUUCUGGCAGCAAUGUUCAACGUAGCACUGUAGGUCAAAUGCUGAAUAAUCAGAGUGUUAACAUGGGACUAUCAGCUCAUGGUUCGUGGGGAGGGCUGCAGGAGAAUCCUGAUGCAGAAGUGAAUGGUACAAGGAAGGUUUCAUUCAGUGGACAACCUCAAAACCUUAACACUGAAAUGAAUGGACCAAAUAACACUACUAACCCUUUGACCUCUAGCUUACCAAACUCUACUAGUUCAAUGCAGACAAAUGAACUGCCUAAACAUACAGGGCCUGGGGCCUGGGGUGUACCCUUAGGAAUGAGCACAGUAAAUCCAUCUCAGCUUCAGGCCUCUUCGGUGACAAAUGGCACUUCAGUUUCUCAACUUGGCAAUGGAGGAAUCAGUGAGGGAAUGAACAGUGGGUCUUAUGGUACGACUUGGGGUACACCUGGCACUAACUACUCUGGAGAAAAAUGUCCAGGCCCUAGCUGUAAUUUGGGGCAAGCUAGUGGUGACACUGUGAAUGCAACUCUAGCACAAUCUGCUAUUAAUGGUUCUGGAAAUUCUUCUUACAAAAAUAAUGGUGGAAGCAAUAGAGGAGGAGUCACAUGGGAGUCUGGUGUGGUCAACUCCCAUAAUGUGAACUGGGGAGCAGGGAACAGUUUAGGCUCUGGAGGGACUCGAAAAGUCUGGGGAAACCCAGCAUCAAAUGCAAACACUGGCACUAAGAUCUCAAAUGGAGAAUGGAACAAACUGCCUAACAAUCAGCAUUCCAGUAAUGGUGUAAAUGGAAGUAGUAAUAGGAAGGGAACAAAUGGAUGGAAAAAUCUAGAUGAUGCUCUUUGUGGUCAGAAUCAAAAUUCUGCAUCUCAGCCAAGUGAACAGAACAACGUAUGGGUCAAAACUUCAACAUCAGGUACUGCAGACAGUGAGGGGAGCACAGAAAGUACUGGAAGUCGUCAUGAUAGAAUCACCGCAGGAACUAAUGAUGGCAAUAACAGACGUGGUGAAAAGAGAAAACCUGACCAACCAGGAAUGGUUCAAAGUAUUCUGAGUAGAACAGACUUGGACCCCCGUGUCCUUUCCAAUACAGGUUGGGGGCAGACUCCAAUUAAACAGAACACUGCCUGGGACAUUGAACCUUCAGCAAAGAGUGAGAGAAAAACUGACAAUGGGACAGAGGCCUGGGGAUGUUGUGUUUCCCAGACUUCAAACUCAGGGGGAUGGGGGGAUGGGCCUGGCCCAAACAGUAAUGAUACCUCUUCAGUAUCCGGGUGGGGGGAUCCAAAGCCUUCUACAGUCUCUUGCAACCCUAGCUGGGGAGACACCAAAGGCUCAAGCGGCCAAGGGGGUUGGGAGGAUAAUACUGCUGCUACAGGAACAGUAAAGAGCAAUCAAACAUGGGGAAGUAACAAAGAAGAAAAGCUAGCUGCGUGGAAUGAUGCACAAAAGGUCAAACAGGGAUGGUCUGAUGGACAGAAAUCAAACCAGAGUUGGGGACUGUCUGCAACUGAUGGGUGGGGAGAGAAUUCAAAGAGUGGCCAGUGGGGGGAAUUACAAAAGACCGAUGCAGGCAGUUGGGAUAAUGACAGUGAAAGGUCUGCGCCUGGUUGGAAUGAACCUGGGAGACCAGGUACAAGCCGAGGCACUUGGACAAGUGGAAACAAUUCAGAUUCCAGUAAUAGUACAGGCUGGGGGGAAUGUGCCAAGGCUGCUCAGUCCCCUCAGGGCUGGGGGGAACCUACCAAGGCUGCUCAGUCCCCCCAGGGAUGGGGGGACACAUCCAAGCCUGCACAAUCUCCCCAGGGUUGGUGUGAGCCUGUCAAGCCCACACAGUCACCCCAGGGCUGGGGGGAGCCCUCUAAGCCUGCUCAGUCCCCGCAAGACUGGAGGGAACCCAUCAAGUCAAGUAACUCUGCAGACUGGCACAAACCACAGGAUGGUAACAGUCCUUGGGCCAAUAAACCUUCUGGCCAGGGGUGGCUUAAUGGCCCAAUGCCAGCACCAUCGAAAGAGGAGGAGCCCACAGGCUGGGAGGAACCUUCUCCAGAAUCUAUUCGUCGCAAAAUGGAAAUUGAUGAUGGUACCGCUGCUUGGGGAGAUCCAAGCAAGUACAACUACAAGAGUGUGAACAUGUGGAACAAAAAUACACAGAGCAGCAACAAUGGCUCAGAGCAGUCGGCACAAAUCAUGUCUUCACCAACGACACCACAGCCCCCGCCGCAGCUACCACAGCAAAUGCCACCACCAAGUGCCAUUCAAAACAAGGAGAAUAACAGCUCCGGCUGGGGAGAAUCUUGCACCAUUCAGACAAAGCCAGACUCCUCUUGGGGAGAACCACCUGCUCUAACUGUGACGGUAGACAAUGGAACGGCGGCCUGGGGGCAACCUGUGGAUACAGGAGCCAGCUGGAGAGAACCGGUUAAUGACAGUGCUGGUACCUCUGGCUGGGGUAACACCCCAGCUGCCCCACCACCUCCAAAUAGACCUGGUCCCAAACCUAUGCAAGAUGGCUGGGGUGAUGAGGAAACAUUGGUGCCAGGACCUCGUCACUCUAGCUGGGAGGAGGAAGAAGGGGACUCAGUGAUGUGGAACACCAACACCUCACAAGAAAGCAACUCCUCUUCAAAUUGGACAUCCAAAAAAGUGGCUUUAAAGGGCAUGGUGAAAGGAGGAAACAAGCAAGAUGAUAUAUGGAUGAAUCAAUUAAUGAAGCAAUUCUCUAACAUUGGAUUUCCUAGGGAAUCUACUGAAGAUACAAAGAGCAAUAAGAUGGACAUACCUGUUGGUAUGUUAAGAGAUAAGAGAAUGGAGAUGGAUAAGCACGGAAUGAAUAUUGGAGAAUAUAGUGGCAUUUUAGGGAAAGGACAUACUUCUCGUCCUCAGAUUUCCAAAGAGUCUUCCAUGGAACGCAAUCCUUAUUAUGAUAAGAAUGGCAAUCCUAACAUAUUUGGCGGCAGCAAUGCAGCAGCACAAGCCAGGGGCAUGCAACAGCCUCCAGCACAACCUCUUAACUCAUCUCAGCCUAAUCUUCGCGCUCAAGUGCCUCCUUCAUUAUUAUCCCCUCAGGUUCCAGCAUCAUUACUGAAGUAUGCAACAGCCAAUGGGAGCCUAAAUACUGCACUAUUGAACUUUGGCCCCCAGCAGGUGGCCAUGCUGAACCAGCUCUCCCAGUUGAACCAGCUGUCUCAACUUUCACAGAUCUCCCAGUUACAGCGACUGCUACAGCAACAGAAGGCACAGAACCAGAGGAACAUGUCUGGACCCAUGCGUCAGUCUCAAGAGCAGGCUGCUCGUGUACUCAACAUGCAACAGAUGCUGCAACACCCCCGUCAACUGGAUACAAGCCUUCUGAAGCAACAGUCUUCAUCACAGCAGCAGCCAAUGCAUCAGCCCUCCAUGAAGCCCUUCCCGGAGAAUCUCAUGCCCCCUACCCCUCACGAGCUGCAGACAAAAGAGCCACCUUCGCUCAACUCAUACAGCAGCUACCCUUUAGGCUUGAAUCCAAACUUGAAUGUACCCCUGGAUUUCGGCAGUAUUGUUAACCUGAAAGAGCCACAAACCCAACAGUCUCGAUUAAAGCAAUGGACUGCCUCGGAAAGCCUUCCUGUUAAUUCCUCUCUUGAUCAAAACUCCAGCAAACAUGGUGCUACUUCAAGUGGUCUUAGUAUUUGUUCUGGAAAGUUGCUUGAAGAAUCUCCUUUUGGUCAUUUUGACAUUUCCAUGAAGUCUCUGGCCAGUCCUCCUGGAUCUGUUGGAGAUGGCUGGCCAAGUGCCAAAUCACCCAGUGAUAAGCUCUCUAGCAAUGUUAAUUGGCCACCAGAAUUUCGUCCUGGUGAGCCUUGGAAAGGUUAUCAAAACAUUGACCCUGAAACUGACCCUUACGUCACUCCUGGCAGUGUAAUGACCAAUCUGUCGAUCUCUACUGCCCGGGAUCUUGACCUCCUCAGGGACAGGAACAAUAUAGGGUCAUCCUCAUCUAUGAACACCACGCUGCCUUCAACUAGUGCCUGGUCCCUUGUUGGUGCCUCCAGCUACAAUAGUUCCCUCAGCAGUACAGCACAAAGCACUCCAGCCAGAAUUGGUGACCCCAAGUCCACCUGGUCUCCUGGUCCAGUUACCAAUGCUUCCCUUGCUCAUGAACUGUGGAAAGUCCCCCUGCCACCCAAAAACACUACUGCUCCGUCCCGCCCACCACCAGGGCUGACCAAUCAGAAGCCUUCAUCCUCAUGGGGAAACAGCUCGCUGCGCAUGGGUGGAGGAUGGGGGAGUUCCGACUCCAGAUACAACCAUGGUCCUAGCUGGGGCGACAUCAGCUCAGGGAGAAUAACAAAUUGGCUUGUUCUCAAGAACCUCACGCCUCAGAUUGACGGCUCCACCUUGCGUACACUGUGCAUGCAGCACGGCCCACUAAUAACAUUCCACCUUAACCUGCCCCAUGGAAACGCUUUGGUAUGUUACAGUUCGAAAGAAGAGGCAGCCAAGGCACAGAAAUCUCUGCACAUGUGUGUUUUAGGGAACACUACCAUUCUUGCUGAGUUUGCCAGUGAAGACGAGAUUAAUCGCUUCUUUGCACAAGGCCAGUCGUUGACGCCCUCUCUGGGCUGGCAGUCUCUGGGAUCCAGCCAGAACCGUAUUGCAUCCAUUGACAGUUCCCACCCAUUCUCAAACCGCAAUGAUCUCAGUCACUGGAAUGGAGCUGGGCUGUCAGGAACUGGUAGUGGAGACCUCCAUGGCACUUCACUUUGGGGUACUCCUAAUUAUUCCACUAGCCUCUGGGGAACCCCAAGCAGCAAUGAUAUGCGGGGAAUCGGCAGCCCAUCCCCCAUAAAUGCUUUCCUCCCCGUUGAUCAUCUUGGAGGUGGAGAGUCCAUUUAACUUUACAUGACUCAAACUGUGACCUCAACAUGAAAAGCAGCACUAAUCGGACUUUUCACCUACAACACAAGAGAGAGUGUGAGACAGAAAGAGAGAGAGAGAGAGAGAGAGAAGGAGAAAAGGGGUCACCUGUGGAAAUGUUCCGUUCUGCACCUUUAUUUCCACUUUCUUUUAGCCCAGAACAUAUCAGUUUUAAUACUUGAAUCAUGCAGGCCAAUAGUUUAAAAAAUGUGAAAAGUAUAUAUUUAUACUUCCAGAUAGUGCUAUCCAUGGAAAAAAACUGCUUCAAUUGAGCUAGUUGUGUGCACUCAUCAUGUCUGUUCCUUAAAUUCCAAAACUAUUUUGAGUUUGGUGAUGUUGGGAGUGAGCUGUUAAAUCUGCACUGAAUACUGUCUCCCUGUCCAAUUGGCAA